AGGUCCUGUGUCUUCUCUGUAUGGUCUUCGCCUCUGUUCUAUGAGAAAUCCUCCCCCUUCCACCCCUCCUGCCAGAGCUCUGGGCCCCUUCCUCUACCAAAGCCUGUCCCUCAAGGGGCUAAGCGGGAUGCCUCUGGGUGGAAGUCCACCUGUGGGGUCCCUCCAGCCGGGGAGACAACAGCUCAGGGAACCGAGGGAGCAGGAGACAAAGCUGCCGUCGAGGGCUGGGAAGCCUCAGCGUUCUCCUGGAAGAGGCAGACCCUUUGGCCAAUGUAAGCAGUGGGUGAACGAAGGUCCAGGUGCAUUCCACAGGUAGGAAAAGCCGACUGGAGGGCAAGGAAGUGAGAUUGCUGGGGCUGGAAUCACCCAAGAGCCUGGUGGCAGCAGUAGGACUCACAGCCGAGCCCAGGGGAUUGGUUUGGAAUUUUCUCUCUCCCACUUUUGUUCCUUUUUUAUCCCCCCAAAUGAGAGUAGUCUUCUUAUCCUCACGUGCUCAGAUAGGCAGAGACUCUUCUUCUUUCUCACUCUCCACCAGGGCCCCAGUCCAACUACGGCAGGGUAGAGAUGCCAUCUGGGAGACCCAGGGGUCAUCUUAGGGAGACAAGGGGGUGUUUGUCAGCACCUGGAAUGGGCAUCGGGUGUUUCUGUUGCUGCCUGGGGGUCAAGCCCGGAUUCCUUUGGGACAGAAGUCUGUCUUCCAGACAACCCUGUAGGGGGUGCCUUGCGGAGUGGGGGUGGUCUCUGCCACACAAUACUACUGUGGACCUCUCCCUUGGGUUUGGGAGUGGGAAGGUGCAGGGUUAAGGGGUGGUGUUGGGAGGGCAGGAAAAAUUAUCUUGCACCCUCACUCCCCUCCCUCCUGGAUCAGGGCUCAGCAGUGGACUGAGCUGGUGAAGCACGCAGUAGACUAGAAAGAGCACCAAAAGGCAAGCUUGAAAUCCUGGGUCCUAGUCCUGGCUCUGCAACAAAUUGACUGUGUGACUUUGGGCAAAUCCCUGUCCUUCUCUGGGCUUUGUUUCCUUUAUCUGUGAAAUGAUGGGGUUGGACAGGAUCUGUGUCCCUUGAGGACUUACCCCUCUCUCUGUUUUCUUGGCUCCUCCUAAUCCCAGCCUGAGGGUUCUGUCCCUGAUACUGAGCUGUGACAGUCCUGGCCUAUUUAUGGCCCAGUCUGUGUGUGUUCCCCUGCCCCUCCCAUACUGGGCCUCCAGUUGGCUCAGCCUCAGCCUCUGCCCUCCUGGUUUACCAACCGGCAUUGCCCUGCAUCCUGCUUCUUUGGCCCUCUCUCCCAGAAACUAGCCAUGCCCAGGGGAAGGAACUCUCCUCCCCACUGGGGACACCAGCUGGGAUGCCUCCCCUGCCGGGACUGGGGUCCCAAGUCCUGCCCAGCCUGGGGGAUCCCCAGGCCAUUGCCGCUGCUGUGCCGUGACAUGGGCCUGCAGAACGCGCUGUACACUGGAGACCUGGCGAGGUUGCAGGAGCUGUUUCCCCCACACAGCACGGCCGACCUGCUGCUGGAGAGCCGGGCCGCCGAGCCGCGCUGGAGCAGCCACCAGAGGGGACUGUGGUCUCUGACGUACGAAGAGGAGCUGACCACCCCACUGCACGUGGCAGCCAGCCGUGGCCACACGGAAGUCCUGAAGCUGCUUCUGAGGCGGCGGGCGAGGCCAGACAGUGCCCCCGGGGGCCGCACUGCCCUGCAUGAGGCCUGUGCUGCCGGCCACGCUGCCUGUGCCCACGUGCUGCUGGUGGCGGGAGCUGACCCUGACAUCCCUGACCAGGAUGGGAAACGCCCCUUGCACCUCUGCCGCGGGGCUGGCACCCUUGAGUGUGCAGAGCUGCUCCUGAGGUUUGGGGCGAAAGUGGAUGGUCGGUCUGAGGAGGAAGAGGAGACCCCCUUGCACGUGGCUGCCCGGCUUGGCCACGUGGAGCUGGCAGACCUACUUCUAAGACGGGGGGCAUGCCCCAAUGCCCGGGAUGCGGAAGGCUGGACGCCCCUGCUGGCUGCCUGUGAUGCCUGCUGCCCGUCCCCAGCCGACGCCGAAGUGACCACCGCCCGCUGCCUCCAGCUGUGCCACUUACUGCUCUCGGCUGGAGCUGACGCCGAUGCCGCUGACCAGGACAGGAGGCGGCCCCUACACCUGGCCUGUCGCCACGGCCACGCAGCUGUCGUCGAGCUGCUUCUGUCCCAUGGCGUCAGUACCAACACCAUGGACUAUGGGGGACACACGGCCCUGCACUGUGCCCUGCAGGGUGCAGCCAUGACCCUGGCCCAGAGCCCAGAGCGUGUGGUGCGGGCUCUGCUCAACCACGGGGCCGUCCGAGUCUGGCCUGGGGCCCUCCCCAAGGUGCUGGAGCGCUGGUGCACAUCCCCGCGGACCAUCGAGGUACUGAUGAACACCUACAGUGUCAUGCAGCUUCCUGAGGAGGCCAUGGGCCUGGUGCCCCCAGAAACUCUGCAGAAGCACCACCGUUUCUAUUCCUCCCUCUUCGCCUUGGUGAGGCAGCCAAGAUCGCUGCAGCAUCUGAGCCGCUGUGCGCUCCGCUCUCACCUGGCUGGUUACCUGCCCCAUGCCCUGCCCCGCCUUCCCCUGCCACCCCGCCUGCUCCGCUACUUGCAGCUGGAUUUCGAGGAUGUGCUCUACUAGGUGAGUCCUGGGCUCUGUGGCCAGUCACAGGUGUUGCUGGGGUGGGGGUGGGUGGAAGCAGGGAGCAGAGUCCUGGCCAGGAACCAGCCAGCCUCCCUGAGCACCGACUACUCUGAAUCCAAACCUCUCCUUCCAAACAUCCAUGGCCUUUUGGAGCCUGAAAGCAGAUGUCCCAGCCCCCAGCGUACCUGCCAGCUUCCCACAGUGCCCUGAAACCAAGCCUGAGUCUGAACUGAGGUGGCCCUAUCAGCAGGAAGAUGCAGAUGCUGUGAUUUCCUGCCAGAGAGCGAAGCAGAGAGCCCAGUGGCAAGGUGAUGUCUGAUGAAGACAGAGAUAUUGUGGCAAGAGAUACCUUCUUCUUGGGGGUCUCUCAGGUGAUUGAUUCCUGAGGAACCCCCUCUAGCCCAUCCUGUGUUUUAAAUCCAAACUCUGUAUGUGCAUUAAAAAUCU